UUAUAUUUAAUGUCAGAAAUCGAAGAAAUAAAUUUAGAGUAGCAUACUUCAAAAAAUCGAUAAUCUAGACAACAAAAUUAACCUGGAAAAACACGAAAACCUAUUAGGAGAUUCAAGAGAUAGAAUAAUUCUUUCUAAUUCAGAAAUAGAAAUAGAGAUAGAGAUAGAAAUAGAGAUAGAGACAUAGAUAGAGAUAGACCAAGAUAAAAAGAAUGGAAAUAAUAAUAAUAAUAGUAUAGUGCAAAUACUCCAGAAUUAUUUGAAAUAGAUAUUUAUAAUUUUUUAGCAAAGAAUUAGAUCUCAGAUCUUAUUGUAAUAAAUUAGUUAAUUUUAGAAUGAUAUUAAGUCAAGAUGUGGUGAAUUGGUAAAACUUCAUAUUAUUGCAAAUAAUAUUCAAGAAAAUGAGGCUGAGACUAGAGUAUAAAUUCAUAAUAUAAAUAGAUUAUUUUAAAAGCAUUUUUUAAGGAUUAAAAGUCAGCUGAUGAAUGUUAUUUUUAAUAUAGCGAUGCCACUUUAGAUAAAUUACAAUUAAGAACAGAGCGAAAAUAUUGAUGUAAAAUUAAUAUAUAUAUAAAUAAGAAAUUAAUAUGAUAUAUUCAAUCUUCCUUAUUCUUUUAGAAAUAAAGAUUGCCAUCAAUAUUUUUUAUAAUAUUAACUCCUAAAAUUUAUUAAAUUUAUUUCAGUUUUCUAACCAUAGAUAAGAAAGAUUGUUAUCGUUUUAUUAAUUUUGAUAUUUAAAGUUAUUUUUCAAAGU